AUGGCCAUGUGGAUUAUUUUCCUGGGGAUUCUGAUGCACUGCUCCUUCCUGGAGGUCCUGACACAACUCCCUGCUCAGCCCGAAAACUGCUCUGAACAAACCCAGAAGAUCAGCUUUAGUCACUCAUACAAGAUUAAUGCGCCUGAAUCCUUUCAGUUCAAAGUGGAACCAGACCCGGGGCCUCUCCGAGACAACAAUCACAUGUUGUUCACGAAUGGUGAAGUAGAUGGGGAUGAGGAGCAAAACAUUAUAUUCAGGCAUAACAUUCAGCUGCAAACUCCUAAGAGAGACUGUGAAGUCCUUGGACAGGUUAAAGCUUUGCUGGAAAGACUGGAAAAUUUAGAACUAGAAGUGGUACAUCUAAAAAGGAUCUGUAACCCUCAAACGUGUUGUGGAAGAGGACAAGGCCCGCAGCAAGCUCCGAGCGAACUGGCUCUAGAAGCUCCCGCCGUGGCCUGUGAAAGGUUCCAGGAGCUUCCACCAAGUGGAGCUGCAGAGCAAACAGGUCUGUCCGAAAUGUCCAAGGAACACCCUCCAACUGAACUGCCCAAGUCUGGCAGAACUACCCAAAAGCCCGCCUACCUGCGUGACUACGACUUCCCAAUCUUGCACUUGGAUGGAAUUGUGGACGAACAUUCCAAUGUCCUGGGCUUCUCCAUGUUUAACACCAGCCACCCUUUCUACAUGGAAUUUGUCCGUAGCCUCAACAUGUCAUGGCGAGAGAACUGUGAACUCAAUCCUUACCCAGGACCGGCGCUAUCAGCAGCCCUCAUGUUUGACGCAGUACACGUGGUCGUGAGCGCUGUGCGGGAAUUGAACCGUAGCCAGGAGAUUGGGGUGAAGCCCCUGGCUUGCACAUCAGCAAACAUCUGGCAACACGGGACCAGCCUGAUGAACUACCUGCGUAUGGUAGAGUAUGACGGGCUGACGGGACACGUGGAAUUCAACAGCAAGGGUCAAAGAACCAAUUACACCCUGAGAAUUCUGGAAAAAGGACGGCACGGACACCGGGAGAUUGGGGUGUGGUACUCUAACAAGACCCUUGCAAUGAACGCCACAACGUUGGAUAUCAACGCCUCAGAGAGCCUCGCCAAUAAGACUCUGGUGAUCACCACCAUCUUG